GAUUUUAACGACGUGCGCUAGGAAACAUCUGACGAAACGACCGCCAAGCCAGUCCUCCACCAAUAUCCUGGCCUCCUCCAUCCGGGCUUUGGGACUCCUGGCCGCUGUCUCUAGUGUAGAGAGAAGAGCUGAUGUUGACCCCAAAGGUGAACCAUUGAUGAAGCUGCAUCGCUUGGCCUCCAUCCUCCUCCGUCGAGGUACAUGUACUUUACAUGUACAUAUAUGCCCAUCACCUCCCCCUCCCCCCUUCGCUCACGUCCUCUCCCUCAACGUCUUCCACAUUGGACAAGCUUGUCAUCCUUAUUAUCAUUAUUUACAGAAUUCAACGCCUUCGUGUACGACCUGAGACCUCGUGUCGGGGACCUUGGCCUCAGCUUCUUUCAGUCAUUGAGUGUAUAAUAGCACACACGCAACACCGCUUCCCGCCGCCUUCUCCCGUGAGACGACGCAUCUGAUCCGCAACCCGUCGCGUGAUUCAAGUCACUGUCCGUCGAGUCCCUUCUUCGGGCGAAUAUGAGCAGCCCUUGGAACUGCUUCCCUCAGUUGUGCCCUCCUGGAAGCACUGGACUCCGGCGACCCUGAGUGAGCUCUGGAUAUUCAUCAUCAAACAUAACAAAAAACAAAAAUAAAAUAAGCACCACACGAAAAAGAAAAGGGAAAGAAGGGAAAGUAGGAAACAGACUUCUGCGACACAUGACGACAAUCGUUCAACCAAGCAAAAUGCCAUCCCUAACGAGCCCAGUGGAAGACCGUGUUAUUCACGACGAGCACGACUGCAUGACGGACGAUGACUCUGAUUUCGACUUUGACGAGGAAUACUUUGCCCGUACCUAUCAACCCCUGUCGAACCUCCCCACACCGCCCCCUUCGUCCCGCAAUUCGUCAGUCCCCCAGAGCCCCCAAUCACUCGUGGAAAAUGGAGGACUUCUCGACUCGGAACUGCUAGGCCCUGCAAUUCACUUGGUCAACCUCAUCCCACCUGCUGCAUCCUUGGCAUUGCCUUCUGUGUCCCUUGUCCACGAGUUGCUCACGCGCACAGGCUUGAAGCUGGACGAGAUCGCUCUCGCCGUCUGUGUCCUAGACUCAAUCAGCUCCAAGUUCGCGCUGAACUGGCGCUUGCGCUGUCCACCCUCUCGCCGCGAAGGUUCCACCACCAGCAACGAGCAACAGCAACAGUCAAAGCGAUACACCCUUCCGGCAGCCGCCAGUCAAGUCCACAUCGACUGCGUCAAGCCCGAAGUCAUUGUUCUGGGUGCGCUUAUCAUCGCCGUCAAGUUUCUGGAGGAUUCCCACGCGCCAACCCAAUACUACCGCUCCGCAUGGGGUAACAACCUGUGGACGUGCGAGCAGAUCAACAUCACGGAACGCUGCAUCAUGGAGGACCUGAACUACAGGAUCCUUCCCCUGUGGGAUGAGCGCUUGAUCGGGGAUGCAUUGAAAGAUAUGGAGCGCGCCGGAAGGCAGGCUCUGCUUCCUCUUCCCGCUGCGGCGGCGGCGGCGCAAUCCCAAUAUCAAUUCCAAUCUUUGAAAGAACAGCACAAGCGAUGUGUAAGCUCUGGCGCGGCUGUCUAUAGGCCGGGGUUGCAAUUGACACCGGCAGGAACGCCGCUGUCUGAAUAUAACUCACCACCGCCAUUCAGCAUGGACAUGCAAUGAUUCGGCAACCACUGUCACCUCGGAGCCGAAAGGCACGAGGCGCGGGUUGAUGGCGUUUGCUCAAGCACUGGGCCUCGUGGACUUUCUUGUUAUCGUUUUCUUUUACCGGCAUUAUACCCUCACGGUUUUUCACGGACUUUCGGUCAGGACCAUUCUUCGGCGUUUACGUGUGGGUGGUCAUAGGUCGAUGCCUAGAGCGUCAAAGCAAACCAUGCGACAGAGUCAUGGAUUUACGAACUCGAAACACAACAAAAAGGGGAGGGGAGAUGAUCGAUUUCAUUAGGCGUUUCGGGGCGAAAGCGGACUAUUUGUUGUUUGAUUCUGGGUCGGUCGGUUGACAUGUUGGGAUCGAUGAGUCUUUUGUUUUGCUGCCUCGCAAAGAAUGGCGUUGGGUAGGGAGGGUUAGCUAUGGAGUUUGAUCAUCCAUCAUCAAAAAGAAGGAGGGAGAGCAAAGCGUUAUCCUUACGCAGUAUGUAGUACAUAUCCAUACCAGACAGGCUUCCUGUUGUAGUAAUAGUAUAAUCGUGACUACCUCUACCCAAAGUCCAAAACGCCGAGCCCAGCCAAAGGCAGUUUGCCUUCCAAGCCAUUGUCGAUUCCAC